UCCGUUUCCUGUGCACCAGAAAAAAAAGAUGCCCGAAAACGUCUUGGAUUAGGUGUCAGGUUUCGUAUUUACUUAAGCUAAACGAGGAUUCAUCAUUUUCACCUUAUAAAACGGAGCAGAACAGCUUGUUUCUGGUUACAGUACCUGUCUGUCAAAAUGGAGAGUCCGAAAGGGUAACAGCAAAAUAGUAUGGAAUACUAGCACUUAAAUAGGUGUGUGGCAAAAGCUGAGAGCGCCCUGACCAACGAGACGUCAACCGACGAUUAUUGUGUGGAGGACUCGUAAGGAAAAAUAACAUGGAAAAAGAAGAAGCCGAAAGACUAAUAGACAAAGCGAAGGUUUGUCUGCGGUCUGGACGAAGAGACAAGGCGCUUCAGUUGUUGUACGAAGCUCAGAAAUUAUACCCGAGCGUUCGUGCUAGAGCUUUAAUUGAUGCAAUUACCAGAAAUGGCUGUGCACCUGGUGAUGGACAUAAUAUGCGAGACUUUCCAAGUGGGAAAAAAAACAGUGCAAGUGAAGAGCCUUUACCUCAAAAAAGUGGAGAUUCAAAGAGUUAUACAGAAGAACAGCUGCAAGGUGUUCACAGGAUAAAGAAAUGCAAAGAUUAUUACGAAAUUUUGGGUGUAAGCAAAGAUGCCAGUGAUGAAGAUUUAAAGAAGGCCUACAGAAAACUAGCACUCAAGUUUCAUCCAGACAAAAACUGUGCACCGGGCGCAACAGAUGCUUUUAAAGCUAUUGGAAAUGCUUAUGCUGUGCUGAGCAACCCAGAGAAACGGCGAAGGUAUGACCAGUUUGGGGAUGAACAUCAGGUGGAGAAUACUACGCACAGUGCCCCUCAUCACAACUUUUACCAGGAGUUUGAAGCUGAUAUUACUCCCGAAGAACUGUUUAAUGUAUUCUUUGGGGGAAGAUUUCCUACAGGAAAUAUUCAUGUAUAUACUAACCAAGGAGCAGCAUAUACUCAUUUCUACAAUCCCCGUCGUCGCAGAAUGAAUGAAAGAAGAGAAGAAGGUGUUCAAGACCAUGGAAGUCAGAACACAUUUACAGCAUUUCUUCAGCUGCUCCCAGUACUGGUUUUGGUCUUUAUAUCUGUUAUUACUCAACUGAUGUCUACCAAUCCUCCUUAUAGUCUGUUCUACAAGCCGUCUUUAGGUCUUGUUGUUGCAAGAGAAACAGAAGCUCUAGGUGUGCCAUAUUAUGUGGAAAAAGGCUUUGAAAAAGAAUACAAAGGAGAUGCUCUGCAAGAGCUGGAAAAAAGUAUUGAAACUGAUUAUAUAGACUAUCUACAAACAAGCUGCUGGAAGGAAAAACAACAAAAAUCUGACUUGGCUAACCUUGGGAGACUGUACAGAGAUGAGAGGCUCAAGCAGAAAGCAGAUUCAAUGAAACUCGAUAACUGUGAAAAACUGCACAGGCUAGCUGGGAAACGAAGAGGUGGAUGAAACUGAAAUUUGAGACUAAAACUACAUCUUACAGAUCUUUGUUUUCUGGGCAGUGAUUUUUUUCUAAUCUUGUAAAUAUGUUAAAAUGCAUAUGUUUGAGAUAGUAGCCUCAUUUUCAUUUUAAAAAGCUGCUACUUGUAUUGGUUGUAUUAAAAAAGUAACAAAGUAUUCAGUCUAACGGGGAAAGAAAAAAGGAGAGAAAAGAAGCAAGCAUGUCUUUAUUAUGAAAGGUAGUUUAAUAUUCACAUUGGUUGACUGACUGAUAUACUGUAUGUGGCUAAUUUGUUUGGUGAGAUUAUAUUUACACCUUAAUCUGAUAAGGUGUUUUCAAAUAGUAAUUAUUUAAAAUUUCCUUAUAUUAAGGAAUAGUUAUAGGAAAAUGUGAAGAUUUACAUCAGUUAUUCAUAUUUCACAAGCUACUCCACUAUAGUAACUGGCAUUGCAUCAUUUGUCACAGAAAUUAAUAUUUUGUGACAAUUUAAUAUGAGGAAAAUUAUAUGCUAUUUUUAGUUGCUGUUAACUCAGGAAUACAUAAGUUAUCAUGCAUAAAACAGCUUAAGGGUAGUUUAAUGUUACAAAUGUAUUUAUUAUAAACAAAUAAACAGACUUUGAUUUUAA